CUGUAACUUGACACCGCAGCGAGAGGCCGAGCGGAGAGAGGGAGCGAGAGCGGCGGCGGAGGAGGAGGAGAGCAGGAGAGGAGCCCUGGGGAGCGGGAUAGUGACCACCUCCUUCCCCUCCCCAUAGAGGCGCUCCGCAGCAGCAACCGCCGUCGCCGCAACGCUGGAGACUCGCCUUCCGAGGGGCCGGAGGCAGCCAGUGAUGAGGUCGGGACGGGUUCCCUGAGCUCCCGGGAACUUUCCCCGCCGCGGGCAGCCGGAGCCGAGCAGGCGGAUGGAGGAUGCGCUUUCCCCGGCGGGCUGCGUGACCCUGCGGCGGCGAAGGGGAGGAUGAAGAAGAAGCAGCAACACGGCAGCGGGGACUGCCCAGCGCCUCGGCCCCCCGCGGCGGCGGGAGGGGGCCAGGGUCAGAGCGGGAGCUGGAAGAGGCGGCGGCCACUCUCGUUGCUGCCCUUCCUUUCGCUGCGCGACUACGGCUUCUGCAUGGCCGCCCUGCUGCUCUUUUGCCUGGGUUCUCUCUUCUAUCAGGUCAACGGGGGCCCCCCGCACUUUCUGCUGGACUUGCGGCACUAUCUGGGAAAUUCCACUUACUUGGAUGACCACGGUCCACCCCCUCAAAAGGUACUUCCCUUCCCCAGCCAGGUGGUCUAUAACAGAGUUGGAAAGUGUGGAAGUCGAACUGUGGUUUUGCUUUUGAGAAUUUUAUCAGAGAAGCAUGGAUUCAAUCUGGUUACAUCUGACAUCCAUAACAAAACAAGACUGACCAAAAAUGAACAGAUGGAAUUGAUUAAAAACAUAAGCACUGCUGAGCAGCCCUAUUUAUUCACUAGACACGUUCAUUUCCUCAACUUCUCAAGGUUUGGAGGAGACCAGCCUGUGUACAUCAAUAUUAUUAGAGAUCCUGUCAAUCGAUUUUUAUCCAAUUAUUUUUUUCGACGUUUCGGAGACUGGAGAGGAGAACAGAAUCACAUGAUCCGUACCCCCAGCAUGAGGCAGGAGGAAAGAUACCUGGACAUUAAUGUAUGUAUCCUGGAAAACUACCCUGAAUGUUCCAAUCCCAGGUUAUUUUACAUCAUUCCAUACUUCUGUGGACAGCAUCCAAGAUGCAGAGAGCCUGGCGAAUGGGCCCUUGAAAGAGCAAAACUGAACGUUAAUGAAAAUUUUCUGCUUGUGGGCAUUCUGGAGGAGUUGGAAGAUGUGCUGCUUUUAUUAGAGAGAUUCUUACCUCAUUAUUUCAAGGAUGUGCUUAGCAUCUACAAAAACCCAGAACAUAGGAAACUUGGCAAUCUGACUGUGACAGUGAAGAAGACCGUCCCUUCUCCAGAAGCAAUACAGAUCCUCUACCAACGCAUGAGAUACGAAUAUGAGUUUUAUUACUACGUCAAGGAACAGUUCCACCUGCUAAAGCGCAAAUUUGGACUGAAGUCUCAUAUCAGGAAACCACGUCCCAGACCCGAGUUCUUCAUUCCUUCUCCCCUGGAAACAGAGGAACCCAUAGACGAUGAGGAAGAAGAUGAUGAAAAGUGGCUAGAGGAUAUCUAUAAAAGGUGAUGGACGGAAGAGCUGUCCCUUCUCUUCUGGUGACCCCCUCCAGCUUUCUUAAGAUUUUUUUUAAUUAUUAUUAAAAGUAAUUCCUUAAGGAACUGAGUUAAUGCGCAGCAGCAUUUGACACAAAAUGGAAGAGACCAUUCCCACAUGCUGGGGCCAUCAGGAGAUACCUGGUUUUGCAGGUUUGGUUUGUCGUAUGUUGUUGGCUCAAUAGCAUCCUUGCUAGAGCAUAGUUAAAGAGAGAAGUAUCUAUUGUCUAUCACAAAAUAACUUUUGAAGUACCCCAAUAGUCCUCUGGGAAACCUGCAAAACACUAAAGAAUAGAUUAGGUGGUCUUGAAAAGUAAAUUUUACAGACUCUCCUUUCUUCUCCAGAAACAAGUCUUCAUUGCAUAGCACUGCAACAUUAACUACCAGCAACACGAACUACGAGCAGUGAUCCAUUUGAGAAGAGCUCCUCUCUCUGCCCAGGGCACACUCCUACCCCAGUGGUAACGUCAGAGAGCCAUUGCUGUGUCUGUCCACAACCAAGGAUAACAGGCUCAUAAAGGGGCUUCUGAACUACCCUCUGCAGGUGUAGCAAGGCUGCUAUUCUGGAAAACUAGUAUAGAGGACGUAAGGCAAGUGGCAGGAACUACAUGAGUUUGAUAAACCCGUCUAGUUCAUAGAAUCAUAAAAUGGCUUAGGUUGGAAGGGACCUUAGAGAUCAUCUACUCCAACCUCCCUACCAUGGAGAGUUCACAGAGUGGAAAAAGUUACCAGGUCAGUAAAUGGCAUUAAGAUAUGAAAAGUGUAAGGUGGAGUUACCUAAACGGUAGAGUUUUAUUUCUGCAGUUGAAUACAUUUCUAUUGGACUCUGAAGGAAAAGGUGCAGCAUACCCUUUUUAUGUUCAAGAAGGGUGUUUGUGGACUUUUUAUUCUUCCUAUGGGUCACAAAUAGAAAGAAAUACAGACAGUCACUCAUUAGGAAAAAAAAAAAGUUAGAUGAUCUGGAACUCCUGGUAUUUCUGUGAUCACAGAUUUUCGUUGCUCACAUCUGAACCUGACCACAGCUGCAUUCAUCAUGGCUAGAAAUAAAAUUUACAGCAUGGACAUCCACAACUUCUCUGACUGAAAUACUUCAGAAUGAUAAAACAAAGAAAAGAAAGUAUGCUCUGUGAAACCAAAGCUGCUUUAAUGAUUCGUUCUUAAGAGAGUCACUGUGAAAGUUGCCCUUGUUAAUCACUACAAGUAUUAUCAGCAAACACUAGAGAGGGGAUGGGUGGAGGCUGGGAGGGUGAAAAGAAAUAGCUCCGAUAUGUGACAUGCUGUUGUCUUCAUGGUGGAUAUCCCUGGGGUUCCCUGUGAUAAGUGGGCUGGGCAGAAGUAACAGGCUUGCAGGCAGACCUAUUUUGACACCUGCUUCAUAGCAGAGUAGUGGCAAUUUAGGGGUCCUGAUGAGGCCUUGACCUCUUGGGCUCCAUUGUUGCCAUAAGAAAUUGGACUAGUAGAGGAUAAUAGCAAUAAAUUCCUGUCCUAGAGCACAGGAAAUAAGCAAGGCCCAGGAGCUGCACCACCUUGCCAGGAUGAGUCCCAGUAACACUGCAGGGGCAAUAUACCUCUGUCUAAAUCCCGUCCUUUCUCAAACAUGUACUGGGCAGUUUUUACUUCCUAUUCAAUGGCUGCUUCAGCAGCAUCACUGCCAUCUGCAAGGUCAUGUUUCAGUUUGCAAUUACAAGCAAAAGUUAUUUUGUGAUGGACGAGGCAUAUAAACUCAGGCUAAGCUCAGAUGUGUUUUCCAAGGGUUUCCCCUUCUAUGAGCCCAUUAAGAGCCAAUAAACAUAGCCCAUCUUCAUCACCAGUCAGCCUUUACCGUAUCUACACACAGAGAAUGAAAAUAAAGAAGCGUAAUCGUUUUAAGAUAAAAUCCUAACUUACAGAAAAUAGUAUGUAGAAUAUUCUGUUCUCAUUAUUAAAGUCCCAGGUUGGUGGUAGCAAUGCACUACUGUGGGGGAGCACACUGAGGUAAGUUGAAAAUGGCACAGAUAACAACUAACAUAUUAGCUAAAAUAUAAAUCUGCUGCAUUGUAUAUUUUUAAGUGGUUUCUAUGAAAUUACAUUGAAAGAGUAAUGAAUAGUUUACACACUGUGGAGUUGUUAUAUUUUGGAAAGAAUUCUAAUAUUCUCACCUUUUCUGAAAUUCUGUUUAAAUCCUUUUUGCCAACAUUGUAACAGAAUAAUCAGUCACUUAACACAUUCCUGCUUCCUACAAGUUCACUGCCGCUUACAGUAAAGUCUGUUUUCAUCUGCCUGCUUAAUGGCAUCUUCAGCCAUCGUUACUUAGAACCUAAAUACAAAGCCUGUUUAAUCACUUACUUGCUAGGUUUCAGUGUUGUAUUUUUCAUACCAAACAACCUGGCCUCUCCUUUUUGAAUGGUACUUCAUAAAUGUAUCUGGCACCAAGCAUCAAAGAUUCCUGGUCCUGCAGCCUAUUUGUCUGCCUUGAAAUCUAUUUUGCUUAAUUGUUAAAAGGUACGUUUUAAGCUGGUUAAUCUUAGACUUAUUUAUUGAAACUUUUCAGCACAUUCCAAAUUCUAAGUUGCUCAGGAAGAAGUUGAUUUAAAUGAUUAUAUUUUGGUCUGAUGAAUAUUUCUUAUUAAGAAAAAAAAAAUAAUCAUGUUUUGUAAGCCUUUAGCCCAUGACAGCUUUGUAGGGAGUGCCAUGCAUGUGCUUGUAAAUCUUUGUGAGGGGAAGAAGGUGGUGCUUGACAUUUAUGAAAACAAAAAGAAAGCGUAUGUGCACACUAGCUUAGCUAUAAAUGAAAGCAAUGUAUGUUUUGGGAUGAAAUAUUCUUUAACUUAUUCACUACUAUCUCUUGAAGUAUAAAUAAGCCAUAUGACUCUAUUUUUCAGUCCAGUGAAGUUUAAAAAUAAAACUUGUACAUUUCUUCUUGGCACCAUAGUCCACUUCCUUAUGCUAGCUUUCUUGCCUGGGUACAGCAGCUGUGGGUAAGCUGUUGGAUUGGCACCUGGCAGAACAGGACUGGAUACAGCACAGUUGAUCAUCUGGAAGUUAUACUUCAGCAGUGAGAUUUGGGCAGGUUGUUCUCUGUCCCGAAAUGCUGGAAGUGUGCAAGUGAAGUCAGGAUUAUUUUACUGACCAGAGAUGUGCAGUAAGUACCUUGAAGUAUGUUGUCUCAUGCUUUGUGGCUGCUAAGUAGAAAGAAGUUUUAUCUAGGAGAGAAAGAGCUUGGUCCCUAUACACUGAAUUUUACUAGAUGUGGUAUUUGAUGGCCUGGCAUAAAAGCUCCAAUAGUCCAGAGUGAUACUGUGAUGUAAGUGAAGCCUUGGUGCUAUCGCAAUAAAGAGAGAACCAACUGUUGUUAUAAUGCAGCAUUCUGGAAAAAAUAAAUUUUUGUCUUAAGUUUCAAGUGACAGUGAGAAAUGGUGCAGGUUUUUGUUCCUGUUUUGUUCUUUUCCCCAUAAAUUGUGCUGAUUAUAGAAAUCCUAAAGUUCAGGUAUCUGAAAA